AUGAAUUGGUCAAUCGAUGAAUACUAUCAACAAAUAACAACGCUAUGGAAUCCUUCUUCACCAAAAAUCAACAAACAUUGCAAGGAAAUUACAACAGAAUUACAAAAUUUGUGUUUUCAAGUUUUCAAAUUUCCUUCAGAUAAUUAUCACAAGUAUGGAAUUGCUGAUUGUUGUGGAUGCGCAUGUGGACCGUUUCCACAAGUUUCUUACAAGAUUAUGAGGAUAUUUGCAUUGAUUACAUUGUACUUGUCAAUUGUUGAUGACGCUUGUGAUUGUUUGAAAGAUGUAGACGAAACUAUUCGAAAGGAGUUGAUCACGCACAUACAACUGGUUGAGAAAUUUGAAGGUCAAGAAGAGUACUUUUCAAGAACCCACAAUCCAUCGAUUCGUUUAGGUCUCUAUGUGAUGGACGAAUUAUUCAACUCUUGUUCAUUCUUCACACAGUUUCAGAUUCGAACAUUACAAUUCGAAAUGGUGAAAUAUUUCAAAACAAGCUUGGAGAUGGCAACUUACUGGGCUGAUGGAAGUCAAAUUUCAGUUGAAAAAUGUGAUCAGUGGCGAAGAAUUGAUUCUCUAGGUUCGAUAUAUAUGGAAAUGGCUAAAUUACAAUUCGAUUUUGUGACCACUUUGGAAAUUGAAAAGUUUCAACGAAUUUCCAAUGAAUGUUUCUUCCUAAUUAAUGAUUUGGCAUCUUUUCCUAAAGAAUUGAGGGAUGGAACUUUGGUCAACCAUGCCAUUUGCUUACAAAAUGAAACUAAACAAUCGACAGAACAGAGUUUCUUGAUGACUAUUGCUAGAUUGUAUGAUUUUCUUAUGGAAUUGGAAAGGAUGGAAACUUGUCAAGUAAGAAACUCGAUUAAGGAAGCAAUGAAAGGUUUUGGAGUUUGGUGUUUAAAUUCGAAACGUUACAAACAUCCUGAGCAUUUGAUUUCCGAACUGAAAGUGGAACAGAUCAGUGAGAAAUCAUCAGCACCUGUGAAUAAGAUAAAUUACUUGCAAAUUUUAAAAGCAAAUAAUAAAUUGUAA